UCUGCCAAAAGGGAACAUAACAUUUAACAACCACUGUGUACAGGAGCUUUAUGAGAGAUUCAGGCACUAAGGGGAGGAGGUAGAGAAUGUAAUUCCCAGCUGCAGUAUAUAGGGCAGUGUUACAAGAGGGAGAGGCUUAGUGGAAUUCCGAAGUGAUUUUAAUUACCUGUUCAGCUAUAAUAGCUGCAAAGUGAAGAAGAGAUUUUGUCUUUCAGAUUGGGGACUAUUUCAGUAUCUCUACUGCAAACCUCUACAUAACAUAUAAGUGGGUUGAAACUUAAAGAAGUUUAUAGUUUGCAAGAACUAAAAACUGACAUACUGUAUGUCUCUCUUUGACUGCAGCAUCACAGGACAGUGAUGUUUGAAGUAAGAGUCUAAACUCACCUAAGACCAACCUCUCGGAGCCACCUGGAGCUAUAAUUAAUGUGACUCUGCAUCUUUGACCUAUCAACCGGCAGGGGGUGUCUUGGAGUUAAUCCCAGACUCAGUAGCCACAUGACAGCUAAUGCUGGACCAGAUCUCUAUUAAAAGGAGGAUGGUAGCUGUGCAGGACACACAACUGCGGAGGAGUUGAAGAAAGUGUUAGUGGAAGAUACCUAACACAUACAUCAAUUGCCAUCCUUACAACUUUCUCCUUUUCCUACGCCUUUAUUUUUGAAGACAUUUGCUAUGAAGGCUUCUCUAUCCCACAAAGAAGGUAUCUGUUUUUAUUUGCUAACCCUGCUAGGUGCAUCUUGGGCUGCAUCAACUCAAGGUGGAAGCAGAAAAAGUGAAUGUCCGUCUUGUGGAGUGCAAGACAAAGCGGUGAUGAUAGAAGUGGCCAAGCAACAGAUAUUACAGAAGCUACAUCUAAAGGAGAGACCAAAUAUCACACACCCCAUUCCUAGGGGUGCUGUGGUCAAUGCUCUGCGCAGACUGCAUUUAACAAAGCCACGAAUGGAAGGACUUUUUGGUUCUUCAAGCUGGGACAGCAAUAAAGAAACUUCUGAGACAACUGAGCAACAAAGCUAUGAGAUUAUUAGCUUUGCAGAAUCAGAAUAUAACAAUGAAUCCAGUACAACGUUAUCAUUCCAGUUUGCCAGAGAUAAAGAGCAAAAUGUGCAUGUCCUCCAAGCUCACCUCUGGGUCUUCUUUAAAUCCAACAGAACAAAUCAAGCCAAUCAAACUGUUAGAUUAUAUUUGCUCCAAGGUCCCAACAGUGAACGUACUUUAAUCUGGGAAAAAUACCUAGAGCCAAGAUGGACUGGUUGGCAAACACUUCCCUUAAAACAAAUGCUCCAGACUUUUUUUGAUGAAGGAAAAAAAAGUUUGAGACUAGAGCUUGAUUGUGAGGGCUGCCAGGAUAUGCCAGUCAUGGUCAACACCAAUGACUCCCACCAGCCAUUUCUCGUAGCACAAGCAAAGAUACGGGAGCAGAGCCACCAUGCUGCAAAGAGAAGCCUCAAUUGCGAUCAGAACUCUAACCUUUGCUGCAGGAAAGACUAUUAUAUCAAAUUUAAAGAAAUUGGAUGGAAUGAUUGGAUUAUAAGUCCUGAUGGAUACCAAAUAAAUUACUGCAUGGGUCUUUGUCCUACGCAUGUGGCUGGUGCCCCUGGCAUGGCUGCCUCAGUCCACACCACAGUCUUAAAUCUCAUUAAAGCCAACAAUAUCCAGACAACAGGGAGUUCCUGUUGUGUCCCCACCAAGAGACGGCCUCUGUCCAUACUAUACUUUGACAAAAAUAACAACAUUGUCAAGACUGACAUUCCUGAUAUGAUUGUUGAAGCAUGUGGGUGCAGCUAAGAAACACCAGCUACUUCCACUUUUAACUUAAACAGAGAGAAGCUGGCUUGUCUCGUAUGCAUCAUGGACUUGUAGAAAUAAGAAGUGAAAUGACUUGAGAAACACACAUGGUGUUUUGGAGGUCACCAUACAGCUUCACAUUACUUGACCACUGGACAGUUUUGCAACUACCUUUGCUAAUGCUGAUUAGUAUGCAUAGCUAAUGGACUAAUAAUCCAGCACUCUAAGCAUGUCUUGUUUCCAGGUUUCCAAGCACUAUGCAUGUGGAAAAAGAUUGUGUAUGGUAUUCCUCCAAUCACAAAAUUGUAUGCACACUACCAAAGAUAAUACGCUAACUGAAGACAUGGACUUCAUGCACCUAUCCAGUUUUCCAGAGUUCAUGUUAUGUGCUAAAAGUGCCAAGCUGAAAAUCUGGAAAGAAUGUUGGAGACUUCAUAGACUUUGGAGCAAUGCCUCCAUUCUACAGAACUGUUUUACUGUAUCUGCCACUUUCUGAAAAUUGAAUGUCAUUGUCAAUAUCAUGUGAUGAUUAUGUUUUUUUCAUGGCUCUCCCAGACUUUAGAGCACAAAAUAAGUUGUAUUGUAUUUUCUAUUAUAUUUGUAUA